AUGCAUGGUGCCGUACCCUCCUUGGGCUCAACUGGCGAGAAGAUGAGCUUAACGGAAUUGGCGGAGGGCGUCCUGGUUUCGGAGCGCAUAUUGCGGUACAAGGCCACCUUGAUCUGCAGCGCCCGAGCCCUCGCCGCAACUAGACUCUCGGGACUGGAGGGGCCAGAGCCGCUGCUGCGGUUGCUGCUGCUGCCGCUGCUGGAGGCGGCGGCAGCGGCGCCGCCGACGUCACCGUCAAGCGGUGUACGAUCCAGAGCGGGUGCCACGGAUACCGUUUCGCUGGCGGUGGCGGUAACCUGGCCCUGGCCCUGGUCCUGGUCCGGUCCAGAUCCUCGUCCUGAAGAACCUGGUUCGGGCUCUUCAUGGCGGAGACGCCGGUUACGGGAGCCCGGGGGCCUCGGCGGCAUCGACGCGGAUGUCUCUGUGGCCGCUGCUGCGGCAGCAGCCUCCGCGGCUUCCAAUGCGGCGCUGACGGUGGCGGCGACCUGGGCCGGAAGAGCUCUGAAGCUUCGGCUCGCGCCCUGGGGCUUCAAUGGUGCUGAUCUGCCUGCUGUGUGGCCUGCGCUGUGUAUGUUCGGACACGCUGCGGUGGCUAUGGUGGUAGUGGUGCUGGAGGUCGUGCAGGUGGUGCUGAUGCUCGUGGUGGCAGUGGUGGCAGUGGUGGUGGCAACCAUGCUGAGGUCGGCGAAUUGA